AACGAAAAAAAGGACUGGCUAGGCAGUUGUGGCAGCCCUUGGGGUAACCAGUUGACGGGCCAUUCAGUCAACCGGUUAACCAGGAAGCAAACUAGCUAGUCAAGCUGCACAUUUGUUAAAGCAAAAAGGUGGCAGCUACUGCCCAAUUUGUAUCAUUCCCCCUAAAUGUGUAUUCUCUCAAUCCGUGUGCAGAAAAAUAGGGAAAAAAAAUCACAAAAAAACUAACAAAAAAAUUCACAAAAAAAUGCCCAUAAAAAUGGCGUUCACACGAACAGGGGAGAAACCGCAAAAUGAACGUAAAUUCUCAGCGGCCAAGAAAAGAAAACAGCCAAAAUGAACAGCCAGUUGGUAAAUUCAUUUUAAAGGAACAUUCAGGCGAAAAGGUGCGUAUUUGUACGCGACAACACACAGGUGCAUAUCACAUUACGCAUACUGCUUUUCUUACAAGGGAAAUUUUUCAGGUAAAAAAGUUGGAAAAAGGAAAAAAGAAAAAAAAAAAAAUACCACCACAGAGUUGUCACAUAACUGUAUUCUAUUUUUUUUAAAAUUGUGCCACGCUGUUGCAUGCAUUUAUAUAGCAGUUGAACUAAACAAAUUGACAUUUUCCACCUCAAAAUUUUUGAGCAUCUGGUGAUCAUUUUACAUUCCGUUCGUACGUUUGUGCGCAUGCGUGAAUGAGUUUAAUGUUACCCAAGCGGUAUUCCCCUUCGACGAGCAUUUUUUUUUUUCUCACCCCGGGGGAGUAGUUCACACGAGAAAGGAGUUAAAAUUUGGAACAAAGGGGGAAAAAAAAAAAAAAAAACACACAAGUGUAGGAGCAUACUGCAUCUACACGCUACAUACGCGUAGCACACGUCGAGCACCUCGCGCCGCGAACACCGUCGUUUCCCACAAUUUUUUUACCACACCUGGGGGGAGCUCAAUUUUGAGUGAAAAAUUAGCGAAAAGAUGCCAAAGAGGGGGAAAAAAUAAAGCAGCACGGCAAAAUAGCAGACACAAUAGCAGACGCAAUAGCAGACGCAAUAGCAGACGCAAUAGCAGACGAAAUUGCAGACGCUGUAGCGGGCGAAGCUGAGGGCAAAAUGCAAACGAUUGAGGCUAUGGGCACAGUGGGGGGAAUGGACCCCCUGGGGGCUCCGGGACCCGUGGGGACGGCAGAAACGCCGCAAGAGGAGGAGGAAAUGAAAGAAGAGGGUCAAAUUUUAAAAAGCGAUACAGAAGAAAGUGACGACGGCCAAGUGGAAGUGAAAGAGAUCUACAACAAAAGCAAUUUUAUCAACGGGAAGGGUGCCAGGCUGGUUCGAAUAGUAUCCGAAUUUGUGGGAGUCCAAGACGCACUACGAGAUGAAGGAAUAUUUUUCACAGUGGUCGUUUUUGGCUCCUCCAGAUCGUUAAGUAAUGAAAAAUACCAAUCAAGAAAAAAAAAAUUGGAAAAAAAACUCUCCAAAUUGAAUGACCUAAUAACAAAGAGCAUACCAUUAACAGCUAUGGAGGUGGCCGAAUAUGAAAGGGUAAAAAAAGACUUAGAAAAAUUACACAAAUUAAAAUGGACCACAGAUUAUUACGUAAAAAUAUAUGAGCUUUCCAAACGGCUGACUUUAUUUUUUGGGACGGAGGAAGGGCAAAAGGCAGUGAAUAACAUUUCGACCCAUUUGCCAAAGGUACAUAGCUUUUUGCCAAAUAAGAAAGGGGAGAAAAAUCCAAACAAUUUCACCGUUGCGAUUUGUACUGGGGGGGGUCCUGGUUUUAUGGAGGCAGCAAAUAAAGGGAGCAGAGAAGCCAAUGGGAGAUCCCUAGGCUUUAUGGUUUCUCUGCCAUUUGAAAAAGGAGCCAAUCAAUAUGUAGAUCAGAAUUUAUCUUUCAAAUUUCAUUAUUUUUUUACUAGAAAAUUUUGGCUAGUUUAUUUAUCCCUAGCUUUUAUAAUCCUCCCAGGGGGGUUCGGAACUUUAGAUGAGCUGAUGGAGAUCCUCACCCUGAAGCAGUGUAAGAAGUUUAAGAGGAAUGUGCCCAUCAUUCUUUUUGGAAAAGACUUUUGGUCUAGCAUUCUCAAUUUUAAGAAGCUAGCUGACUAUGGGCUUAUUUCUCAAGAGGAUCUAGAUUCCAUUUUCCUUACGGACUGCAUUGAGGAGGCAUACAACUACGUCAUCAACCAUUUGAAGAGCGGCUCUUGUGUGGCCGACAUGGCGUGA